UUCUACCUAUUUUUGUAGGGAACUACAAAGGGAAAAGGUGUCUGCAUUUUACUUUGUCGUUAGAAAAAUGGAAGAUGAAAUGUGUUCUAAUGUGCCCAUGCCAGUGGGAGAGUUGGUCCAACUUAUCAAUGAAUAUGCUGUGGUGAAUUCGUCCUUCGACACGGAACUGCUUGACGAAAACGAAGUGGUCUCUAAUGGGACUUCAAUUUCUUCUAAUGAAUCUAUAGCCUCAACAGAGGGAGAGGAUAAUUCAAACCUGUGUGAGACCCCGAGCAAAUUUGUAGAUGUCAUUAGGAGUCAGACGGAGGGAACGGGUGUAUCGACUGAAGGACAUGGCAAUGCGAUGAAGGUGCAUCAUAACAUCGCUACAUCUCAUGGGACUGCAUCAGUGGAAAGCAAAGCACUUAGUUACCGGGGAGAAGUUCCCGUGCAAGCUACCUGUCUCGAGUCCUACUGCUUUUCAUGCAUUGGCAUGUAGCCACUUUUGUAUUGAUUGUACUCGUGUUGGUACUCUGCUUUGGUUUUUAACCUUUUCUUUUUCGUUUUCUUUGGUGUAGGAUUCUAGUCGAUUAGAUGCUUAGAAAAAUCAGAACCGGUUCAGGAUGCAUAUGUGUUUUUUUGUACAGGUGGAUAAUAA